ACAGUUUCCGGGAUAUUAUGAAUGUCUUGUGUUGUUGCAUGGAAGUCUGUCACGUCCACAAGGUAGCCGACAGAGAGGAGGAAUUUGAUAAACUACUAAUGUCACUAGAAUGAUGCAACAGCCAUGGCUUCUCCGUCUGUGCUGAGCUUACAAGAUCGAAUCAGGGUGGCAAAGGAGCUGCUUGAGCGCGUAGACAAGUUGUGCAGCAGACAAACCAAGGAUGUGGAAGGCAGAGCCAAGCUGUGCAGCAAGCUGCGGGCCGAGCUCAAGUUCCUCCAGAAGGUGGAGGCCGGCAAGGUGCAAAUCAAGGAGUCUCACCUGCAGAGCACAAACCUUACCCACCUCAGAGCCAUCGUCGAGUCGGCCGAGAGCCUAGAAGGGGUGGCGAGUGUUCUUCACGUCUUUGCCUAUGAAAGUCCCGAUGGUCUGAAGCAGACUCUAGUAGUGGACGUAGUGGCCAACAAUGGACACACCUGGGUCAAAGCCAUCGGGCGCAAGGCAGAGGCCCUGCACAACAUCUGGCAGGGCCGGGGACAGUACGGGGACAAGAGCGUCGUGUGCCAGGCCGAGGACUUUCUCGAGGCCAGCCGUCAGCAGCCGGUGCAAUACAGCAACCCGCACAUCAUCUUCGCCUUUUACAACGGCGUGUCCAGCCCCAUGGCAGAUCGGCUCAGGGAGAUGGGCAUCUCUGUCCGGGGAGACAUUGUUGCCGUGAACACGGUGAUUGACGAACCAGACAAGGAAGUGGAGGACGGGAGCUGCAGCAGUGAGGAGGAGCAAGGGGUGGUCGACCAUGAACCUGUGGAAGAUGAGGAGGAAGAGGAUGAGCAUCAUGAUGGCGAAGAUGAAGUUGAUGAUGAUGAUGAUGAUGUUGAUGAUGAAGACGCUGAUGAUCCCGAGUUCAUGCACACUCGUGUGGACAGAGACACUAUUGUGGAACGUCUCUCCUUCCCCACAGAGGUCAAGGUGGAUGUGUGCAACAGGGCCAACCUGGACAUCACCACGCUCAUCACCUACGUGUCCUCUCUCAGCCACGGCCGCUGUCACUUUGCCUUCAAAGAGCAAGUGCUCACCGAGCAGGCUACCCAGGAGCGGCAGGAGAAGGUCCUCCCCAAACUCGAGGAGUUCAUGCAAGGCAAGGAGCUCUUCGCCUGCGAGUCCGCCGUGCACGACUUCCGUGUCAUCCUGGACACGCUCGGGGGUCCCGGGGAGAAGGCCAGGGCGGAGGAGCUGCUCGCCCGCCUCAAGGUGGUGCCCGACGACCCCUCUGAGCGCACCACCAGCCGCCUGGUCAUCAGCUCCAAGGUGAACCGAAGGUCGCUGAUGAUCUUCGGGACGGGAGACUCUCUGCGCGCCGUCACGAUGACCGCCAACAGCGGCUUUGUGAGAGCUGCGGCCAACCAGGGCGUCCGCUACAGUGUGUUCAUCCACCAGCCUCGGGCUCUCACCGAGGGGAAAGAGUGGAGAGCCAUCCCUCUAUGAGAGGAGAGAUUAGGCCUGUUAGUGACGAAGCAGUGCUGCUUUUGCAAAGCAGCGAGCGUGCACACUUUGCCAGUUUGAUGCAUUGUGGUUAGACAAUUCUAACCAGAAUGCAUCAAACUGGCAAAGUGCACAUGCCCACUGCUUCGUCACGAGCGAGCCUAUUAUCUAUAUUUGCCAGAUGGUAUGUGCUUAUGGUUUAAAUGAAACACUGUUGGCUGACACAACAAGGAAAAUUAAUUUAACAUUUCACUUUUUUGUUAUCACCUUUGCACAUUGCUAAAAAAAAAAAAGGCUUGAUCUCACGGUUUGAUCAAAGGUGUCAAUUGCCAUCUUAUGAACGCUAUUUACCUUUAUAUCAGAUGUUUAUGCCUCUAUGUAUGGGCUCUAUGUAAAAGCAAAUAAACAUCAUCCUGAUUUGUGAUGUAUGACUGCA